AUCCAAACACUCUCUUUAAAAAUAAUUCGAUCAUAUAAAAGCACAAAAAAUUAGUCCACGCAAGAUAAAACCAACAAAAAAGACUAGCAUACGUUGACACAUUCUAUACCACAAUUAACCAAUCCAGCCAACCACAUCUCAAAGCCACUAGAACAAUGAAAAUACACCUCAAAUCCUUCUAUGCUCGAUCAUGAAGGGAUCACUAGCACAAUCCUAUACGAACUAUGUCCGAUUUAUCAUCAUAAUGUUACACUUACACGUCCUAUGUCUAGCAACGACAACGAGCCUGCACCCAAUAAUCUUAGUUCCUGGAAGUGGAGGGAACCAACUCGAAGCACGGCUGACGACUAAUUACAAGCCGUCGAGCCUAAUAUGCAGGGUGUACCCAGGACCCUUCCAUAAGGACAAGGACGGUUGGUACCGUAUUUGGUUCGACGCAAGUGUACUACUUGCGCCGUAUACCAAAUGUUUUGCGGAAAGAAUGAUGUUAUAUUAUGAUUCUAAUUCAGAUGACUACUUAAAUGCUCCUGGUGUUGAGACUAGAGUUCCUCAUUUUGGGUCUACUCAAUCCCUUUUGUACCUUGAUCCUAAUCUCAAGCUAAUAUCAGGAUAUUUGGCACCAUUAGUGAAAUCUUUAGAAGAAAUUGGAUACAAAGAAGGCAAAACUCUGUUUGGAGCACCCUAUGAUUUUCGCUAUGGCUUAGCCCCAGAAGGGCACCCAUCAAAAAUAGGUACCAAGUACCUUAAAGACCUCAAAGAUCUCAUUGAAAGAGCUAGUUCUUCAAAUGGUGGAAAACCAGUAAUACUUUUAUCUCACAGCUUAGGAGGCUUAUAUGCCCACCAAUUACUCAUACGCAACGCCAAAUCUUGGCGUGAAAAAUUCAUCAAACAUUUCAUCGCAUUGUCGACACCAUGGGCCGGAACAGUCCAAGAGAUGCUCACAUUUGCAUCAGGGUACACUCUAGGGGUGCCCUUAGUAAAGCCCUUACUAGUAAGGGAAGAACAAAGAAGUUCUGAAAGUAACCUUUGGCUUAUGCCAUGUCCUAGGAUAUUUGGGAAUGUUACCGCUUUAGUGACCACACCAUAUACCAACUAUACAUCACAUGACAUUCCCAAGUUUCUUAAGGACAUUGGUUUUCCACAAGGGGUACACCCUUACAAAACUCGGGUUUUGCCUUUAGUCGAGAAACUAAAGGCACCCGAGGUACCUAUAACCUGCAUAAUUGGCAGCGGAAUUGAUACACCUGAAACUUUGUUUUACGAUUAUAAGGGUUUUGAUAAGCAACCUUCUAUAAAAUGGGGUGAUGGGGAUGGAACAGUGAAUUUGUUGAGCUUAUUAGCAAUUCAAUCUGAGUGGAUGAAUGAGAAGAAUCAAUCAAUUGAGAUGAUUAAUAUUAAAGGGGUUUCUCAUACCGAUGUAUUAAGUCAUAAGAAAGUGCUUGAUCAGAUUUUAAGGGUGAUUUCUGAUAUUCAUAGUUAUGGUCUUAAGUUGGAUGGUUCAUUUGAGGAGCAACAAACAAGAAUAGUAAGCAAUAUGUAGAGAUUAUUGCCGCUAGUGGCAGAUUCAAUAUUUUAACGAUAAGGAUUUUCAAAAUCGACUAUGAUAAUUAGAGGAAUACAAAGAAUAAAUUGCUAUGUAACAACAUAAUGGAUUGCACGAUAAGGAUUCUUAAAAUCGACUAUGAUAAUUAGAGGAACACGAAAAAGACGUUUAUGUAAUUGCUAUGUAAUAAGAUAAUGGGUAGGUAUGAGACGGUUGAGUUCAUAUAUCCAUUAUCUACUUCAUGCACACUAAUUAGAAUCGAUAGAACUUUUUAUACUUAUAUCUAAUUUUUUCCAACAAA